AUGUUGGCUUCGGUCCUCAGUGUCUCGUUGCUCGUCUCAUUACUCGCAUAUGCUUAUCAUGUCUUGGCACAAUUCCAACAACAACAACAACAACAACAACAAAGUUUGUCAUCGAUUGACAGUAAAAGUAGCAAGAACGUUUUGAUUCUGACUGCCCAUCCAGAUGAUGAAUGCAUGUUCUUUGGACCUACCAUUACUGCGCUUCGCGAUUCAAAAACGCGUGUUCAUGUAUUGUGUCUGUCGACUGAAACGAAGCGCAUAGUAACCAACCGUCUAUAUAUAUAUCUCCUAGGCAACGCCGAUGGAUUAGGCGCGACUCGAAAGAAAGAGUUAACGCGUAGCUGUCAAGUACUAGGCAUUCCGCCAGUUGAUGUCAAGGCACUUGAUCACGGGCAAGUAAACCUCUUUUCCUUUUUUUCGCAAGAUUUGCAAGAUGGAAUGAAGAACACUUGGUCGCCAACGUUGAUUGCCGGGAUUGUCAAAGAUUAUGUGACCAAGCAUAAAAUCGAUACAAUUAUCACAUUUGAUGAUUACGGCGUCUCGGGUCAUCCAAAUCAUAUUGCUGCGUACAAAGGCGCACAGCAUUUUGUCAAUGAAUCAUGCAGCAACAACAAGAAAGUGAGACUGUACAGGCUGUCAUCGAUCCUGCUGCCGCGCAAGUACAUUGGGAUUGGCGACCUGGUGUUCAUGGCUGUGGAGCAGCGGCUCUUUCCGGACAGAGGGCGUGAUGCAGUGUUGUUUGUGUCUUCGCCCAGCAGCUAUCUAGUGACGCACAAGGCGAUGAGGCGACAUGUUUCGCAGCUGGUGUGGUUCCGAUGGCUGUAUGUAACGUUUUCGCGCUACAUGUUUGUCAACCAGCUCGUGGAAGUCACUCCGCCCGUCUAA